AUGCUCGGCCGACCCGUCAGCCUCGCCGCCUGCGCAGCUCCCCUCCCAUCCGCCAAUAACAGCACCGCCAUUGCCGUCCGCUGCGCCGCCAAAGACGGAAAGGCGGCCGCCGCAGAGCCCGAAAGCUCCUCUCACGGCCACACAGGGCCGCGCGUCGUCAAUCGACGGCUGAUCCUCGGCGGACUGGCGGCGGGAAUGGCGGCGGUCGUGGGUUGCCCCAUUUGUGACUCUAACGGGGUAUCCUCUAUUGGGGCCGCAUUGGCCGCUGAUUCGAGCAAGGCCGACGAUUCCGGGCCGAUGGAGUGGGGCGAGCUGUGCUCGGCGGCCGACGCGGCGCAGUCCGCAACCGGCGGUCAGCUGAACGCGGUGUCAAAGCUGACGAGGGACAACAGCCUCGGCAAUAUCACAUUCGCGUAUAAGAACGCCGACGCGUCGUUUCUGAACACGGGGCACGGCACAAUGCAGGUGAACUUCCCAAGCGGCAGCAACACGUGCGCGGUGGGCGGGCGGCAGCUGCAGCUGCUACAGUAUCACUUCCACGCGCCUAGCGAGCACUCGUUCAACGGCGUGCGCUGCCCCAUGGAGGCGCACCUCGUGCACCGCGAUGCUGACGGCAAGCUGGCAGUCAUUGGUGUGAUGAUAGAGGCGGACCCACGGGCCCCGCGCAACCUGUGCCUGGAGGCGGCUCUGGCAUUUGCGCCGAGCGAGAAGAAGAAGCAGAUGCAAGGAGAGGGAGGGAGAGAGGGGCAGGUGCAGCAGAGCAACGAGCGCAACAUGUGCCUGGAGGCGGCUCCGGCGUUCGCCCCAGGGGAGAAGAAGAAGCAGAUGUGCGUGACCGGGGUGGAAUGGGCGGCUCUGGCGUUCGCACCGAGCGAGAAGAAAGAAGCAGUUGUGAGUGGCUGGCGCGGUGGGAGUGGUAGGAGUGGCGGGAGUGGGACGGGGAUGAGUGACAGAGGAGAGCAGCAAUGCGGCCAUGCACAGUGCCCCUCCUCCACCACCCGCAACCCGCGCCGAGCGAGAACAACAAGCAGAGGCAGGCGUGGUGGGAGUGGUGGGAGUGGGGCAGGGGUGAGUGACAGGCGCAAGCAGCAGUACGGGCAUGGUGGUACGCACAGUGCCCGUUCCCCUCAACCUCUGUCGGGACCAUGCGUCUCCCAGGCAGGCCAUCUCCUCCCCUUCCCCCUCUUCCCCUGCCCACCCUCAGAAGUGUCUGGAGGUGGCGGUGGUGGGCAGGGGCAGGUCCCUGCUGCUCUCUCUUGCACAACCCCUUAUUUCCCUCUGUCACUGCUCCCUCCCCACUCCCUCUUCCCUCCGCUCAAGUGCGCCCGCCCAGGAGUGUUUGGAGGUGCAGGUGGAGGGCACGAGAAGUGCGGCCCCUCAGGAGUGUCUGGAGGUGCCGGUGGUGGGCAGGGGGGUGCGCGCUCCGCCCUGCAGCAGUGCCUGCGCGUGCAGACCAGCCCGCAGCCGCUGCUGCCGCCCACCGACAGGCCCGACGCCUCACAGGCAUACAUCCACUACCAGGGCUCCCUGGCCGACCCUGCUUGCUCUGACGUGGUCGACUGGUUCGUGCUCGCUACCCCUCUCAAGGUACCAGACAGCCAGGUGUUGGAGUUCCUGAGCUUCGUGGGCGACCGACGCACCCUCGCCUUCAACUCUCGCCCGCGCCAGGACCUGGGCCCGCGCAGACUCGCUGUGGGUCCUGCUUGA